AUCUUUUAUAUGGCUCCUCUUUUGUUCACAGCUAUGCCAAGAUGUACUAUGGUUCCAUACAACGCAAGACCAAAAUGAUCGAAUCCAAUAGACCGAAGUGGGACGCUGAGUUUAAUUUGGGCAAGGUUGACACAAGCCUGGCUCUGAAGAUUGAGGUUUGGGAUGAAGAUCCGAAACAUGACGACCUUCUCGUUCACUGUGAGAAGUACCUGAGCCCUGGCACUCACACUUUCACGUGCACAGGAGGUUAUGGAAACGUCGAGGUUAAAUACACGCUGAAAUGUGAGCCAUAUCUGACUGGAGAAAUGUGCAGUCAUUAUAAACCAUCUCCCUUAGAGACAGUAGAUUGGUGAGUUUUGGGAAUUAAAGCAUUUCAUCACAUAAAAUUAACUCACUAAAUCUGGUAGAAACUCACAAUUUAAACAUAAUUGCUCAACUUCAUUAAAGACCUAGCCACAUAUGUAUUUCUCAUACAAU